AUGGCUAAAUCGAAGGGAAAGGGGACUCGGGCCAAGUCUGAACCAGAACCAACACCAACACCAACACCACCAGCACCCAAGAAGCUACAAACACCAACAGCAGCAGCAGCAGCAGCAGCAGCGCCGCGCGAAGACGCCGAACGCGUUGGGGGCGACGACGGCACCAUGCCCACGCCUACGCCCACGCCUACGCCCACGCCUACGCCUACGCCUGGGCCUUCGAUCGGCGACGCGCGAGUUUCGGCCGUGGUCGAUGCCGUGCCUACGUUGGAAGCGACGAACAGCGCGGCGUCGCAGGUCGAGGAGAAUGCGAUGAGGGGGUAUAAAGUGCCGAGUGGGAUGACGGUGCCUCUGGAUCGCGAGCAGGAGCAGGAAAAGGAGCAGGAACAGGCCUUGGUGGGGGAGGAUGAGCCGAGUGCUGCUGAGGUGGACCCGACCACGACGUCGACGACGAGUUCGAGCGCGACAGAGUUGGCCGCCGCGCCGCCACCUCAAGCCCACGCCGACGCUGAGCCUGAGCCUGAGCCUGAGCCUGAGCCGAGCGCCGUCACAGCAACCGCAGUCGCGGCGGCGCCCUCGACUCCGACUCCGACCUCGUCCUCGUCCUCGUCCUCGUCGUCGCCCUCGACGACCCGCACGCUCAAACAUCUCACCUUUGACGACAGUGUGAUCUUUGCACCGGCUUCGAGACAGUUACCGACUUCGAGUUCGAACCUUUCGACCAGCCCUGAACGCACGAGUCGAUCGGCGGCCCGAAGAGGCUUCUCCUCCUCGUCGUCGCCGUCCAAGACGAACCAUCCCGUCGCCUCGACCUCGCCGGCGCCGCACCCCAACACCUCCGCCUCCACUUCGACCUCGACCUCCCCGCGUCGCUCCUCCUCCUCUUCUCCACCACCCCCUACCUCACCCAACAAGAAACGAGCCUCGUUGACGCACACCCACCAGGACCUGCGCCAAGUACUCAAGGCGCUGAUCGUCGUCGUGCCUUCCUCGCUCCGUCGACUACUGCGCUUAUUGGUCCCCCCGCCUCUGCGCCGCUUCGCCUCGUUCCUCCUCUCGCGCGUCGCCAUGGUCCUCCAUCGUCGCGGCGCCUUGGCCUCGUCCAUGUUUUAUGAUCUGAUGGUCCUGUUUUGGAAGACGUUGAUCAACAUCUUCUUCAGGGAGAUUCGGUCCAGGGGCGCUUGGAAGGUGCCUAAGGAUGGGGAAGGGGCCGUCAUUUUCGUUGUGGGGCCACAUCAUAAUCAGGUCGGUCGAGGGGUUACUCAGGGGGUUCAUACUCGCGAUAAGAGCUGACGCGGAAGCUGAUCUAUUUUGUGAUUCGAUCUUGGUUGACAGUUCUUGGACCCGUUGUUGUUGAUGUCGGAAGUGAGGAGGGAGGCCGGCCGACGGAUCUCGUUCCUCGUCGCGGCCAAAUCGAUGGACCGUAAAUUCAUUGGUCAAGCCGCGCGCUUGAUGCAGAGCAGUGAGCACAUCGUCACGUUCUACAAAAUCGCACUUCCAUCGACGCUUACGUGGAACAUUCCGAACAUUCCCACAGUUCCCGUCGCGCGAGCUCAAGAUCUCGCUACCCCGGGCAAAGGCACCAUCACGCUCUCCCCCGACGACCCGACCGUCGUCAUCGGCCACGGCGCGACCGAGUUCACGAAAUCGUUCGCGCAGGCGAGGAGCCAGAUCAUGUUGCCGAGGAGCUUGGGGAGCGUUUCGGUAGAGAUUGCCGAGGUGAUGGAUGAUCACAAGUUGAGGAUCAAGAAGGAGUUCAAUAAGAAGGUGCGGGACGGGUGGAUGGAUAAAGGACCAGAGGGGGUUGCGUACAAGGUCGGUCUAGUCAUGCCGGUGGGCUGUUGGGGGAAGGGAUACUCAUUGCCACGCUCUUUCCGUUCGCAGGUGCUCCCCUACGUUGAUCAAUCCAAAAUGUACAGCUCGGUAUACCAGAAGUUGACCGAGGGUGGGUGCAUCGGUAUCUUCCCCGAAGGCGGAUCGCACGACCGAACCGACCUCUUGCCUCUCAAAGCCGGUGUCUCGAUCAUGGCCCUCGGAGCGCUCUCGGCCGACCCUAACCUGCGACUUCAGAUCGUUCCCGUCGGGUUGUCCUACUUCCACCCGCACAAGUUCCGCUCGCGUGCCGUCGUCGAGUUUGGUACGCCGAUCGAUAUUCCUUCGGACUCGGUGCGCGCGUUCGAACGUGGGGGAGACGACAAGAAGAAGGCAAUCGGCGACGUUAUGGACCUCGUCGUCGAUGGGCUCAAGAGCGUCACCGUCCGAGCCCCGGACUUUGAGACGUUGAUGUUGAUCCAAGCAACAAGGAGGCUGUACCGACCGCCGGGACAAUACUUGACCUUGGGGCAGAUCGUCGAACUCAACAAGCGCUUCAUUGCUGGGUACGAGGCCUACCGUGACGAUCCUCGAUUGAAGCAGUUGAUGGUCCGCGUCAAGGAGUACAACACCUUGUUGAGGUACAUGGGCUUGAAGGACCAUCAGAUCGAACGUGUCGCUCGGCCAUUCUGGAGAUCGUUCGUGCUGCUCUGCUACCGAUUGGGUUUGUUCGGCGCGUGGUCGAUCCUCGCGUUGCCUGGUGUGAUCCUCAAUGCCCCCAUCUUCAUCGCGGCCAAGAUCAUCAGUCGCAAGAAGGCCAAGGAAGCGUUGGCCGCAUCGACGGUCAAGAUCAAGGGCAAGGACGUGCUUGCGACGUGGAAGGUCCUCGUUGCGCUCACCGGUGCACCGACCCUGUACACCGUCUACGCGAUCGGCGCCGCUGUCCUCGCGCGUCGUCUGAACCUCGCGUACAAGUACCAACUCUACGCACCCCUCGCGACGCUCGUUGGCUUGCCCUUGAUUGGUAUCUCCGCGCUCAAGUUUGGCGAAGUCGGUAUGGACGUCUACAAAUCCAUUCGACCUUUAUUGCUCUCCGUCCUGCCGGGGAACCACAAGCAACUCGACAAGUUGCGCGCGAUGCGUUCCUCGCUCCAAAUCGAGAUCAACCAACUCGUCGAAGAGUUGGCGCCCAAGAUCUUCGAGGACUUUCAGACGAACCGGGUCGUGCAACCGAGUGCGAAACCGGCGCCUGUUUCGGAGCAUGCGACCAAGCGCAGGUCGAGUUAUGGACCGCAGGGGCAGGGGACGUUCUUGACCCACCCUUUGUCGUGGGUCGAUGAGUACCUCUUUGGGUGGUCUGUUGGCGGGAAAGCUGGGGAGGGGAGGGAUAUGGGUAACGAGUCGGAUGAAGGGGCCAAGAGUGGGAAUGAGGAUGAGGGGGGACGGAGGUCGGGCUAUGCAAGUGGGUAUGCGAGUGGGUAUACGACUGACGAUCCGGAUUAUGAUGAGGUCCGUUGAUUUUCUUUCGUUUCCUCGUCGCCUCAUGAGCGAAUGAAGCUGACUCGAUUCUAUUCUUCUCGCCAUACCAGGUUAUCAACAUCCUUUCCCGAGAACAAGGCCACGUCUCCACAGUCGACGGCGCCGCUUCCGACGCCGGCACGGCCAUCUCCGCUUCGAGCGGGAUGCGCAAACGCCGCGGAUCGAGGAGCCGUUCGAGGUCGCAGUUGGACCUGACGGCGUUGGAUAAGAAUGAGGAGAGGGGUUAG